CAACCACUUUAUUACACCAUUAACCACUCUCCACUUCAUCUUCAACCAUCCCCCUUUGCCUCCCCAUCCUCUUAACAACCGUCCAGUCGUCCGAUUUCUUUUAUUUAUCGGGUUUACCAUCCUUCAAUGGAACAAAAGUCAUAAUGGAUUUACCCCAGUCAUCAUCACAGUUCGAUAUCUACCAUGAUUCGAAUGGCGUGUCCACCAACAUUCCAUCCUCUCCUCCCGAGAUUCACAGUGUCCCAAAGCCGAGGAAGCCGCCUUCAAUCACUCCACGACGCUUUACGAGAUUCUUUACGCCCAAGUCCCUCCGGAGCCAGAAUGGGCCUUCGUCACGCCCUUCAAGGUCGAGGCAGAAGCUGUCCGACAUAACAACGAGAGCCCUCAACCUCCAGCCUCCACAUCCUUCCGAAUCCCACCGGCAGUUCGAUAAAGCGGCUGCUCAAGAUGGAGAUUUUGCUUCUCUCGGUGCAUCACCACGGAAACGAAAGCUUCCGAUCACUCCUCCGGACAGUUCCCCUCUCUCGUCUCCCUCAAAGAGAGUCUGCUACUCGAGUCCCUCUCCGACCGACGUCCAUGAGGACGACGAGGUCAGCAGGCGAAUAUCUUUCAGUGAUGUUGAAUCGAAGGAUCGACCGAACUUAAAGCCAAACGUCCGACGCCUCGUUGUCUCCAACAACAGUGGCCGAAUUCUUGAACGGUCGUUUGGCGGCCCAAGUAGCAGGAACAGGUCGGUUGAUCACCGUCUGGCAGCCGUCUCUGAGAUGGGAGACUAUUUUUCGUCGCCGGAUGAUCGCCUCCAUUUCUCGGGAGCAGAAAUGCCUUUCUGCAUUGCAGGUAGCCACAGUACAUCGCUGUCGCUGGUUGCCACAGGAGACGAAGAGGGGCGGGUGCUGGUUCUAAACGCCGCGGACGGCGGCACAUUUCCUCAGGUUCAGAGAUCCGCUGAAGCUCACCGCAAUGCCAUCGUCGAUGUGGAGUUUUCCCCCGAUGACCGACUGAUUGCCACGGCUUCGGGCGAUCAGACCGCGAAAAUCUAUGAUGCAUACAAGAUGACACCGAUAUACCAUUUGCGUGGUCCCGGUUCUGCCAUCAAGAAGAUUUGCUUCCAACCAUCCAGCGGUGAAGUCAUUGCCGCGUCAAGAAGGGAUGGAAGUAUAUGUCUUUACGAUGUACGAGUUCAAUCGCAACAGCCGGUGCUGGAGAGUCAGAAAGGCAUGUCCGAUAACUUCGACACAGCUAGCCUGGGUGUAACAGCUUGCACCAGCGGGCAAAGAGGCGUGCUGGGUGGCGCCGCUCAGAGUUAUUGGCGACUGUUCGAAGCAGGGAUAGGCCACGGCGCUGCUGCAAGACGAAGUUUGAUGGACUCGGCUCCCGAAACUAGACGAAUGUCGCAACGUCUAAAGUCGGUAUCGGUCACAGCAUUGUCGUUUCUUGGCGAGAGACGCCCAGACUUGAUCCUCUCCGGCUCCGAAUCAUCGAUGAGCAUGGCAUUAUGGGACAUCCGGAUGUCCAGCUGGUCCUCAAGACCUGUGGCUAUGACCGCCGAGCCUUCCUGGCACCGAAAUCGCCGCCAAUACGCAAUGACGAGUAUCGUUGUGAGCGAGGAUACCGGCCGCGUCUAUGCCCUGGGCAAAGACAGCACCCUCUACGCAUACUCCACGGAACAUCUUAUCCUCGGAACCGCGCCGGAGCUAGACCGUGGCGGCCUCCCACGAAAAUGCGACAGACUGGGACUUGGCCCUCUCUACGGAUUUCGACAUCCGGAUCUCCUUGUCGGCUCCUUCUAUGUCAAAGCUGCGCUGAGGCGUGCUACAGCGUCGCAUGCGGAGCUAGUGGCUGUUGGCAACUCUAGUGGCAAACCCAUCUUAUUCCCGACUGACCCAUCUUUAAUUCCUACACGGGAUGGAAGCACAUAUACGACCACCUCGUCCCCUUGCCUUUCUAAUACGUCCCGGAGAAAUAACCGAUCGCUCCGACCCACCCUUCAGCGCGCCUCGACCGGCACGGACAUCGCAAUCGGUGGCGAAACGAUCCCGAUUUUCGAGACCGGGGUCGCCUUAACGGGUGGACACGAGAAGGAGGUUUCCGACGUGGCCUGGACCGCCCAAGGCAACUUGGUUACCGCCAGCGAUGAUUUCUCCGUUCGUUGUUGGCGCCGGGGGGCAAAGGCGGCGUACUUACGGGGGGCUGCGGAGCAUGGGCCGGAGCGGUGGGCGAGCGGGUGGGCCGACGUGCCUGAAACUGUGGAUGACGAGGAUGAGAUCUUGGAGUAAGGGGUUAAUGUUUGGAUUUGGGGCAGGGAGCCGUUGGGCGAUGAUGGAUACGACAGCAUAUUUCAGUAUUAAAUGGGACCCAAACUUGUAUUGGCAACGUCGAAUGUGUAGCAUUGUUCAUGAGCAAAAGGCAUCCCCGUCAAUAGGAACCCUAAAAAUG